CAGAGGGUCCCUGGGCUAGAGUGGCCAGGAGGGUGCUGUGUCUCAGCUGCCGCCUUCCUGCUGUGGCCCAGCACCUAUACUUCUGGACUAGGCUGUUGUCCUGGCUAAGAGCACUGCCUGCUCCAGGGUCCCAAAAGUUUCUCCUCCUCCUCUUCUAAGGUCCCUAACCGUUGUGAAUUCAUGUCUGUGUUGGACACGAGCUGGGCUCUCACACUGAAGGGGUGGUGGGCCUAUUUGCAAGUCCCUGUGCAUAUGGCUCCCUGAGGCACAGGGUGGCUGCAGCUCUAGAGGUAAGAGCAGGCACAGGGCCCCCUCCUCUGUCCUCUACCACGUUUCAUCCACACCAGGGCCAGUGGACUCCGAGACUUUGGGUUUAGCUUGUCUGUGCCGGCAGAAGUCGUGCGUGGGCUCUGGCCAGUGUGUGUGUGUGGAGACCUCUGCCCUGUGGCACAGCCCGAGGUGUUGUGCUAUGGCCCUGCAGGGGCUACUGGUUCUCAUGUCUUAUAUCAUACAGGCUUGUUGAACCUUCCGUUGGCAUCCCAGGGGACAGCCACAGCAUCUGCAUGGGGAAGACUGCUGCUACUGAGGGCCAAGCCCCCAGGCACACCCCGCUAGGCUGUCUGGUCUUGAGGGGACAAGUGCCCCACAGAGCUGUGUGUGCAGGUCUCCUCUGGGCACUGAGCCUCUUAGUGUCCCCUCAGCAUGCCCAUGGCCACCUCCUGUUUGGGCGCUUGGGCAGACAGGCUGCAGAAGUUGAUCGCCAGUAGCUCGUGGAAUCUCAGCAGUGCCUGUUUCAGAGUCUGUCAGGAAGGCUUAGCUGAGCACAGAAGGAUAUGAUUUGUCAGGUGACAUUUGACCAGCUGUCCUUGCUGAUGAAAGAACCUCACUGUGUCAGAAGAGUGGCAAUGGUGAAGCCAGAGGGCUCCAAGGCAGCAUUAGGCCUCCCUGUCUCUCCUGAGAGAGACCCCGCAGUGUGCCUGUAGCACCAUACAUCGGGCUUGGCUCUCAUGUAGCCCAGCUGAUAUCAGGGCAAGGGGCAGCAAGUCAGGGCGGAGCUAGGUGUUCAGAAAUACUCACAGUGUGAUGAGCCAUGAGUUCUGAAGUAUCUUUGUGUCUGUCCCCACUCCAUGAGCUGUGGUAGGUCUGCGUGACUGCCCUCAUUCCAUGUGUUGCAGGGCAAUCCUCGUGAGACUAGAAGCAUGCAGCCACCCCGUGGUGAUGAAGGGCUUGUGUGCUGAGUGUGGCCAGGACCUGACCCAGUUGCAGAGCACAAAUGGGAAGCAGCAGGUACCAUUGUCAACGGCAACUGUGUGCAUGGUGCACAGUGUGCCAGAGCUGAUGGUGAGCUCUGAGCAAGCUGAGAAGAUAGCAAUGGAAGACCAGCAGCGACUGCAUCGGAACAGGAAGCUGGUGCUCAUGGUAGACCUGGACCAGACCCUGAUCCACACGACGGAGCAACACUGCCCCCAGAUGUCCAACAAGGGCAUCUUCCACUUCCAGCUGGGCCGGGGCGAGCCGAUGCUGCACACACGCCUGCGGCCGCACUGCAGAGACUUCCUGGAGAAGGUGGCGCGGCUGUACGAGCUGCAUGUAUUUACCUUCGGCAGCCGGCUGUACGCACACACCAUCGCAGGCUUCUUAGACCCUGAGGCGAAGCUUUUUUCUCAUCGCAUAUUGUCAAGGGAUGAGUGCAUCGACCCAUUUUCUAAAACAGGAAACCUCAGGAACCUCUUUCCGUGUGGAGACUCAAUGGUCUGCAUCAUUGAUGACCGCGAGGAUGUCUGGAAGUUUGCCCCCAACCUGAUCACUGUGAAGAAGUACGUGUACUUCCCAGGCACCGGCGACCUGAAUGCACCCCCAGGACCCCGGGAACCUCAGGCCCGAAGGAGAGCAAACCCUUCUGGUAAAGGGACUGACAUCGCUGAGCCUGCCUUGCCUGGGAAGGAUUCUGAGGAGGGAAGGCACCUUCCUGGAAUGGAGCCGAGCAACGGCCUUGGAAAGCCUGCGAAGGAGCUGAACGGUGGCGAGGCCAUGCCAGGAGCCUCAGAAGGCAUGUCCCGCCUCGGGAAGGCCGAGGGCCUGGACGCCUGGCCCCCUGGCCCGCGGGGAGGUCGGACCUCAGCUGGAACACAGCCUGCUCAGGGUGCCCCGGGCACAGACUUGGAGUUUGUCCUGUCCAGUGACAGCGAGAGCAGUGAGUCCGAGGCCUCUGCCUCAGCAGGGGGUGGUGAGAAGAGGGAUGGGAAGAAGCCAAAAGCCCUGCGUGAUGGAGUAAGGGUGCUGCCGCAGGGAGGCACCCCCGACCCAGGCGGGGGCAAGCCCUCAGGCCCUACCCACACGGGUGAGCUUCCACCUAGCACCCUGGAUAUGCCCGAGGAGGGCGAGCAGGGCAGCCUCUGUGGCCUGGGCAAUGGCUGUGCUGACAGGAAGGAGGCGGAGACCGAGUCGCAGAACAGUGAGCAGUCGGGCAUCACCGCCGGCGAGUCCCUGGACCAGAGUGUGGAGGAGGAAGAUGAAGAGGAAGACACGGAUGACGACGACCACCUCAUCCACCUGGAGGAGAUCCUGGCCCGCGUGCAUGCCCACUACUACACCAAAUACGACCAGUACCUGAACAAGGAGGUGGAAGAGGCUCCAGACAUGCGCAAGAUCGUGCCGGAGCUCAAGAGCAGGGUGCUGGCCGGCGUUGCCAUUGCAUUCAGCGGCCUGCACCCUGCUAACUUCCCCGUGGAAAAGACCCGGGAGCACUACCACGCCACGGCGCUCGGCGCCAAGAUUCUCACCCGGCUGGUGCUGAACCCUGACGCCCCUGACAGGGCCACACACCUGAUCGCGGCACGGGCCGGCACGGAGAAGGUACGCCAGGCUCAGGAAUGCCGCCACCUGCACGUGGUCAAUCCCGACUGGCUGUGGAGCUGCCUGGAGCGCUGGGACAAGGUGGAGGAGCAGCUCUUCCCACUCCGGGACAGUGAUGCCAAGGCACAGCGGGAGAAUAGCCCACCGGCCCCUCCAGACAAGCAGGCUGUGCCUCCAACUGCCCUACAUCACCCGGCGCCCGUUCACGCUAAGGCCCCACCUGGCCCUGAGGUUCGGAUCUACGACUCCAAAACAGGAAAGCUCAUCAGAACUGGGGUGCAGGGCCCUGGGGCUGCACCCUGCAGCACCCUGCCCGCCCGUGGCGAGCCCUCUGCCUUCAGAGCUGCUCAGACACUCCAGCCACAGAUGUUUGGUGGAGCAGUACCUGACGUGUGCGAUGGGGAGCACCCUGGCCCUUCCCGGAGAAAGCGACAGCCUAGUAUGUCGGAGACCAUGCCGCUGUACACCCUCUGUAAGGAAGACUUGGAGAGUAUGGACAAAGAGGUUGAUGACAUCCUUGGAGAAGGCAGUGAUGACAGCGACAAUGAAAAAAAGAAGCCGGAUAGCCAGGAGGAGGGGCCAGAGGGGCGACACCCACCCAUGAAGCAGGAGCCCUGGGGGGCCCGCAGGGAGCAGCCCCUCCGGUCAUCUGCAUGCACUGAAAGGACGGGGACCAGCCCCCGGGGACCCAGAGGCCACAAGAGGAAGCUGAGUGAGGACAACGCUGCCAGCGACUCCAGCAGGGGGUCCAGCGACGCGGACGGGGAGGGCAGCAGCUCGGAGGCAGACGAGAUGGCCGCAGCCCUUGAGGCGGAGCUCAACGACCUCAUGUGACUGCGGGCUGUGCCAGGGACUGGGGACUGUGCUGGCUGGCAGCCACCAGGCCAGCGUUCGCUGCCCCCUUUCUCAGAGACAUACAGUCGCAGAGCUCUACGUGCAGAAACACAUUAUUUUGCAGAAAUGGGUGUUUUUAAGAAGUUUUACUACAAAGUACAGGAAAGUCUACUUUUUUAAGUGAGAGGGCGUACUCACCCAGUACCCCCUGUGCGGUGAGCUGCUCCUGGCCUCUGCAGCUAGAGGGGUGUAGCACAGCACUGUUGGGGGCCACCAGCCACUGGGCAGAGCUGCACGCAGCCAGGAGCAGGCUUCCCUCCGCCACCUCCCCUCUGCACGGAGGCCUGAUGUAAAGUUUUGUAUAUCUUUUCAUACUGGAUCCACCAUGCAGAUCUUCUCUCAUUUAAUAAAAACUCUUUUCAUA